CCAGAUUAGCCAGUCAGUUCAGAUUUUGAAGCUUUAUGUCGCCUUUUUCUAACAUUUUUUAAGAUCUAUUUUACAAUCUUGUUUGCUAUUCAGAUUCAUUGAUCCAUAAGGCUUCCAGGGAUUUCAUUAUUAGUGCCUGCCAGCGUGGAAUUAUGGAGGAAACAGUGAAAAAUCAUGGGGCACAUCCAGCAAUGAGGAUGAGCAAAUCUUCUUCCAGUGGUUCCACUGAUGAGCAUGUCCAUUUUAGUGCGGAGCAGCUUCCAGAACAUGAGUCCGAGAUUGUCGUGCGAAGAGAUUCUGCUGACAAGGUAUCAGUCCACCUGGGAUUCCUACAAAUCAACCAUUUCUAUGAUGUAACAUUCACAAUUAAAGAUGAUCUGGGCGAGGAUGUGAACUACGAACCGCUUGGAAAUCUUCAUCUCAAAAUCAAGAAAGUGAUGCCUUCAGAAGAUGGGGAGGGCCAUGAUUUAGUACUUGACCUUCUUGCGCACAAAGAAAAAUUAAUGAGGGAACAGAUUCUUAUCACGAGUGAAGUUGAUCCAGAAAAGUCAUUAAUUAUAGUAGUUCAUGCGAGAGUAUUAGGCAAGGGUAAAGGAACGCCGUCAUUAAAAUCAGGUAUUCACUGUACUGGUAUUAACGCUGAAGAGGAAUCGGAGAACAGUGAUUGGCAAGGAUUCGAUUGAAUGGUCAGCGUGCUGGGAAACCUUCUUUGUGCUGAUGAACCUAUGAUAGUUACUGAACUGUUAAUAAUGAAAUUGGUGAAUUGUUAAUGAUGCCGUUAUAAACGCCUGAUGAUGAUUACUUAGAGUUGAACAAGAUGGGCGAAACCAGUGUUGGGUGAGCGGAAGAAAUUUGAUAUGGACUUGAAUAUGCAUUUGUAGUUGAUUAGGACCACGAAGGUAGAUUUACAUUCAGUGGUCGAAUUGGGCGUAAUUUGCCUGAAGGACAUUCUGACCAUGGAUUAGUUCAUUUGGAUUUGUGUUGUCAUGCAUGUGAAUAAAGGGGGCCAUAUAUUAAUAUAACUGAUGGCGCUGUUCAGAUCAGAUUAGAUCUUGACGAGUUUCUUUAAGACUGCAUGGAUGUAGGGAAAAUGAUUGUUUUAGCUGAUAUAUUUUAGAACGUUGGGCCAACCCUCUAUGAUGUCGCCUCAGCUCUCCAUAGCUGUGCUUACUUCCUUCUUGAUUUGUCUUCAUAAACUUAAUGACUUUGUUGGGCCGUUUUUGUUUGCUUCGCAUUAAAAUGCUGGUGUUUUCUAUGUUUUGUUAAAGCGGGUCUAUGGUAAAUUGCUGAAUUAAAGGGAGGCUAUAGACGGUAGCCAGGUAGAUCAGAUUAAGUUACACAAAGUCACAAAUAGGGGUCUUUCCUCUCGGACAGUUCAUCAGAACCAUUCACACUUGACAAGGCACUCACAAGGCAUAUAUAACUGUGCAUAACUGUCACCUGAAAACCCCCUAGCUCCUGCCUAGUCGCCCUUUUAGGGAAUAUAUUGAUAUAAUCUGUCGCUGUACUCAAUUUCCUUCACUGUUUUAUAAAAUAUUAUGAGAAUUUCAAUAAAAUUGUGCCAGCUCUGUGAUAAAAGAAUUUGCUUCUUCCAU